CUAAGGAGAGAGAUUGUUUUGCUAUCAGUAACGUGAGUUAUGAGCGCUAGAUUUUACAUUUCCUUUUGAUAUUUCCUGCUUAUAAUCUGUUAAAAACGAGGCAACAACAGCGACAGAGGAAAAGAGAAAGAGACAGAGAGAAAGUCAAGAAGAAAGAUCAACAGAGCACAAGCGACUGCAUUCUUGUGACCUGCAACAAUCUUCUAUCUGGGAAUCCACAGAAGAGCUUCUCUAGCAGACUGAGCUUCCUGUAUUUUGAAAAUGAAGUGCUCUGUGAGACAGCUGCUCAGAAGUUACUUGAACAAGCGUCGGCUUUGCCAAAAUCGUUUAGUGACCAAAGAUGGUCACUGCAACAUUGAAUAUGGCAAUGUGAAAUACAAAAACUUCUUUGCAUAUAUUCUAGACUUCUGGACCACCUUUGUUGAGAUCCGCUGGCGCUUUGUUAUCCUCUUCUUUGUGGCCUCCUUCACUCUUAGCUGGUUCAUUUUCGGGCUCCUCUGGUACUGGAUCUGCCGUAACAAUGGUGACCUGGCAUGGCAAAACCCACCACAAGGCCACAAACCAUGUGUACUUAAUCUAAAAGGCUUGACCACUGCCUUCCUUUUCUCCCUGGAAACUCAGACAACUGUGGGCUACGGUGGACGAGACAUUACCCCAUACUGCCCUGGUGCUAUUGCUCUCCUCAUCAUCCAGACUCUUGUUGGUGCAAUUAUUAACUGCUUCUGGUGUGGAGUGGUCAUGACCAAAAUUGCUCUUCCCAAGAAAAGAGUCAAGACCAUCAGAUUUAGUGAAGUAGCCGUCAUCUGUCCAAACAAGGGCGCCCUCUGCUUGCAGAUACGAGUGGCUAACUUGCGCAAAUCUUUGAUGAUUGGCAGCCAGAUCUUCGGAAAGCUGCUUCGGACAAAAGUCAGUUCUGAAGGUGAGACCACCAUCCUGGACCAGGUCAAUGUUGAUUUCAUGGUGGAAGCUGGGAAGGACAGCCUGUUCUUUGUGUGCCCUUUGACACUUUGUCAUGUGAUUGACAAAACAAGUCCAUUCUUUGAGAUGGCAGUGGACACUCUGAACCAGCAAGAGUUUGAGCUGGUGGUGUUUCUGGAUGGCACAGAUGAGUCCACCAGCUCCUCCUGCCAGGUCAGGACUUCCUACAUUCCUCAGGAGAUCAUGUGGGGCUACAAGUUCCUCCCCAUCAUAUCCCGCAGCAAAGAGGGAAAGUAUUGUGUGAACUUCUCCAAUUUUGCUAAAGUGGAACCAGUACCGACUGCCAGCUGUGCUGAAUGCUUCCACAACGAGAAAUGCCGUAAGCACCUCUCCACAAAAGGCAUUGACAAUCAAGGUUUUGAGGUCAUUAACAUUGGUGAUCCUGCCAGCGUCACUAAAAUGUAAAAUGUGGACUGGAAUGGAGGAAGUUUU